AUGUUGAAAAAAGUGACACCAGAGAAAGUCAUUUACAUUAUUCGACUCAGCGUAGCUAUAUGUUGUUGUUGGCCACGUCCUUUCAAUAGUACCAAAAAUCAAAUUUUCGGUUUUAAAGUUUUACAAAUCAGUACCAUAAUUAGCGCCUUCAUGGUGUUCCUGCCUUUGUUAUAUUCGAUUUAUUUACAUAAUGACAAUAUCAUCCAUGUAUUCAAAUGCAUCUGUUUGUCAGUAGGUAUUACUCAAUUUAUUGUCCAAACUCUUAUAUGUUUCAUCAAACACAACUCAUUACAACGUGUGGUAGAAGAAAUGGUGAAUUGUGUUAAACAAGCGCAACAAAUCGAAAUAGAAAUCUUCUAUAAGUAUAUCGAGAAAUGCAAGAUAUUUUAUGGAAGUUCCAUAGCAUUUUCAUAUUUGACUGCCACUGCUUUUAUGCUAGGACCUACAAUACUACCAAUUUCUUUUCCUUUAGAAGCAGAAUAUCCUUUUCGCGUCAAUGAAUCGUUAAUAACUAUCAUUAUAUAUAUGCAUCAAUCUUUUGUUAGCUAUCAAUGCUCUGCGAAUGUAUGCGUGAGCAUAUUACUUUGGUUUACAGUCGCAAGAUUUGAAUGUUUGAUCGUGGAAUUUCAAAAAUGUUCAAAUGUUGAUAUGAUGAUUGCUUGCAUUAAAAAACAAUUACAAUUAAAAAGAUACGCGGAAGAAGUAAUCAAUUGUUUUCGUUAUAUAGUGCUUUAUGGUAUAGUAGUAACAACAUUUGCUUUGAUUCUUUGCGGUAUAAUAUUACUUAUGAAUGUACCACUAAUUGUAAAAAUGCAGUUCAUAAUUAUAUGUAUCACUAUAAUGAUGGAAGUUUAUAUGUAUGCAUGGCCAGCUGACUAUGUGAAGAAUAUGAGUAUAAACAUAUCAAGAAGUGUGUAUGAAUUAUCAUGGUAUGAAGAGACAAUAGAAAUGCAAAAGAACUUUUUGAAUAUAUUGGUGUAUCAAAAACCAGUAACGUUUUCUAUCAGUUAUAUAGUACCAGAACUUUCUUUACGUUACUAUUGUUCGUAUCUCUCCAAUGCUUUCUCUAUUUUCACUACAUUGCGUGUUCUAUUAGAAGAUACUUCAGCAUAAAUGUAUUCUAAAUUUAAUUAAACUAAUUAUAUAAUAAAUUCUAUAAUUAUAUAACUAUAAACAUUUUUGUAUUAAU